UUUUUGAAUAAUUAAUAGUAACAAUAAAUAUAUACAUACUCCAUUUUUAAUUAUUCUAUUUUGGGAAUAUUUUGUUUCUUCCAAAGUGUGUGGUAUGGGUUAAUAGGUGCUUUUUCACAAGUACAUCGCCUUCAUCAGAUCUGGUUUCUCUUUAUCAGAGAAGCUUCAAAUAAAUAAAUACAGGCGAGGUAGCCAUCAUCGAAGGAAUCAGAUGGCAGUAAUGGAGGAAUCAAACCCAAAGUCCACUUUAUCCCCACCUAAUUCCUACACUGCCGUCGUUUUUGGAGGUACUUUUGAUCGUUUACACGAAGGUCACCGGCUUUUUCUUAAGUCGGCUGCGGAAUUGGCGAAGAAUCGAAUUGUAGUUGGUGUUUGCGAUGGUCCAAUGUUGACUAAGAAACAGUAUGCUGAUCUGAUAGAGCCAAUUGAGCUGAGAAUGGAACAUGUUGAAGAUUACAUCAAGUCUAUAAAACCUGAGCUGAUAGUGGAAGUAGAACCAAUUGUGGAUCCCUAUGGUCCGUCAAUUGUCGAUGAGAAUUUGGAGGCCAUUGUUGUCAGCAAGGAGACGUUGCCUGGUGGACUGUCUGUUAAUAGGAGGAGGGCUGAAAAGGGACUCUCGCAGCUAAAGAUCGAAGUUGUAGAUCUAGUCUCUGAAGAAUCAAGUGGAGACAAACUGAGUUCUACUGCUUUGAGAAAACUUGAAGCUGAGAAGCUCAGGGACCACAAUUCCGGAAGUCAGAGUUAAAACUUUUUCUUGUCUAUACGUUCAAAGGAGUUUCACUUUGUGUUUUUUUUUUCAAUUUGCUUUGUUAGGAUUAACAAGGACACUCUGUAGCCAUCAUAGAUGUGAAAUUGUCUUGUAAAACAAUAAUCUCUUCAGAAUCGUGCUGGAGUUGUUUUCACAGUUACUUGUAUAUCUAUAAAAUGUAGCCUUGAUUUCUUUUCA